AAAGAUAAAAAGAAUUACACACAAAUAAGCAAAUUAAUCAAGAAAGAGAUAGAGAGAUUAUUAAUUGAAACUCCAUAAUUAAAAAAACACACAUGUCUUGGGCUUUGCUCCCUCUCUAGCUUAUUACGGAGUACUAUUUAGUUAUUAUUAAUAAGCUAAACUGCUAAAGCAAAGAAAGUCCUCUAGAAAAGUUUCUAUACAAAAGCCUUCUCUUGGUCCUUCAACCAACACAAACACACACACAAAUUAAAGAGAGGAUAGAUAUGAUGAAUAGGGGUGUGUUGCAAAACUCUCCGGUGCAACAAUUGAUGGCGGCCGGAAAUCCAAGUUGGUGGCCAAACAUUAAUAACAAUUUGAUGAGGCCACCCAUUUUGUCUUCUCAUCACCAUCAACCACCACCACUACUUCCGCCGCCGUCUUCUUUUCUAGCUCCGCCUCUUAAUAACAACAACAACAACCACCAUGACGACGACGAAAGUAACAAUAAUGUUUUAUUCCAUGCUCAAUAUAAUACGAGUAUACCUUUAGUAGCUGCUUCCUCUUCUUCUUGGCUUCAUGAUCAUUCUACUAACCACCACCAUGAUGACCAACAACAACAUCAUCAUCAACAACUUCCUGAGUCUUGGAGCAACCUUCUCUUGGGUGGAGUGUUUUUUGAAGAAGAAGCAAAAAAAAUGGAGACAACUAAUUGGGAAGAACAAGUAGUACUUCAACAACAAGCUCAACAUCAUCAUCAUCAUCAUCAUCAUCAUCAUCCUCAUCCUCAUGUUGUAGAUGUCAAGCAAGAAACCUCAGUAAAUAGUUAUAAUUACAGUGAUCAAGAAUUUCAGCUUGCAGUUGCAGCUAAUAAAGCAAACUGGUCUCAUCAUCAUCUUCCUCAACUCAAUAAUAUUGUUCCCGUUUCGUCUCCUCAAUCUUGUGUUACUUCUUUUAGUACUAGUAGCACCAACAACAACAACACCAACAACAACAACAACAACAGCAACAACAGCAACAACAACAACAACGGAUUGUUGGAUUUCUCCUCUUCUAUAUGUAGUGAAAAUCUUCACUCUAGACAACCUCCUCCUCCUACUCCUCCUGCCCUCGAUCGUUCUACCGAGUGUAAUAGUGGGGCAACAAAGAAAGCCAAGGUUCAACCAUCAUCAACUCCAUCAACAGCCUUCAAGGUGAGGAAGGAGAAAUUGGGAGAUAGAAUAACUUCCCUUCAUCAGCUUGUCUCACCUUUUGGAAAGACUGACACAGCUUCUGUCUUGUUAGAAGCCAUUGGCUACAUUAGAUUCCUUCAGAGUCAAAUUGAGGCCCUCAGUCUUCCAUACCUAAACAACGGAGCAGGAAAUAAGAUGCAGCCUCACCCUAUUAAAGGGGAGAGGAAGUGUAUAUUUCCUGAAGACCCUGGUCAGCUCUUGAAUGACAAUUGCUUGAAGAGAAAAGGAGGUCCUGAUCAGGAUUUAUAUAAAGAGGCAAAGGACUUGAGGAGUAGAGGACUAUGCUUAGUUCCAGUGUCUUGCACAUUACAUGUUGGGAGUGAAAACGGAGCUGAUUAUUGGGCUCCGGCACUUGGUGGUGGUUUCCGGUAGACGGUGUUAGAGAUUCGAUGCAUCGACGACGGCACACGGGAGCUUCAAUUGAAAUGAUAUACCAUCAUUAGCAGUCAAUCUGCCCAACAAUAUCUUUCUUUCUAGGUAGGAAGAAAACACAAGGUUGAUUGCUCCUGAUGCUAUGUUCUACUUCUCUUGGAUUGCAUUUCAAGUGUGCUGUUAUUUUAAUUUUAGAUUUAAGAUUUCAAGCUAGUGUUUUUUUAAACAAUCUAGUUUUAAGAAUAAGCUACUACUUUUAAUCAAGAUUUCCCAAUUUAUUUUGGUACCAA